AUGGAGAAAGAUUUUCAUUCUUUCAGUGAAUUAGAGGUUCCAAGUGAACUAAAGCUCUUUUAUGAUAUUCAAAUGAAAUUAGGAAGCUUAUCUCCUCAGAGUAUAGAUGAAACAAGCAAAUAUAUUGGACAAAAUCUCAAUUCUACACUCGACUAUUUACUUCUGGUCAGAGAUGUAUCAGCAAUAUCACGCUACAGACCUCAAGCACAAGAAUUGUAUGCAGAUUUGCUUUUCAAAAUUGGAACAUUUACAAGUAAUCCAAAUAAUUUAACAAAAAUCAUUGCAGGCUCUGCCGCUCCGCAACUACUAGUAUUCCUUUUCAUCAAAGGCAUGCUAUCUCUUACAGACAUCAAGCACAGAGCUGUUAGUGAUUCAAAUGCGAGGUUUUUCUUACAGCCAUUUGUCAAACUCGAUCGCGAUUGGCUUUCUAAUCCAUCAUUUGCCGAUUUUAUGAAGUUUUACGAUGAUCUCAUCGCUGAUGAUUAUAAAGAAUGGAUUGAAGUUGCAAAGCACGGAGUUAAGAAGGGCCAAUUCGGUUACAUCCUGAAACACGAUCUCGUUGAUCAAUUUUCUGCUCGAAUUCAGUCACCAGAAGACUUUGAAAAACCAUUUAAAUGGUCACCAUUCGAAGUACCAAUAGAACAAGAUCUUGUUGCAUUUGGUGAAGCUGCCGCAUUCUACGGAUCCGAAAAAAUCUUCAAAUGCAUCGCAUCUCAAGUAUCAGAUUUUGAUAAGUACAUAAAGUUCGCUGUUUUAGGUGGCAACAAGACAAUUAUUAAUAUGUGUCUCUCAAACAACAAAUCUCGUGCAGAAAACUGCUUAAAUUUCGCAAUGGAUUCAUUUCGAUUUGAUUUAUUCGAAGAAUUACAGAAAUACAACUGUACACCACCACUAACACACAUGGCAUGUGAAACUCACAACUAUCCAGUCUUUAUUUACACAAUUCGUGGCAAAUUUGAUCCGAAUAACCGAAUUAACAAGAACGCAUAUCCUCUUAUCAGUAUUGCAUGCAACACUAAUGAUAUACACAUGGUAGAGUUCCUUAUUUCCAAGGGUGCGAACGUAAAUGUCCCAACAAACAGUGAAUUUCCAAUUCACAUUGCAGCAUCCAACGGAAAUCUCGAAAUCAUCAAGGCAUUACUUGACAGCGGUGCAAAUCCAAACGAAGAGAACAAUGGAAAGUUCACUCCUCUCCAUUUAACAGCGAUUUCAGGAGCAACAAAUGUCGCGGAAUAUUUAUUGGAAAAAGGUGCCAGCAUUGAUGCAGAAAAUGACUGGAAUCAAACACCAUUGCAGCUUGCAGUAGAAAGUUCUAAACCAGAAGUAGCAAAACUACUUAUAAAUAAAGGCGCAAAUGUAAAAGUUAAAGUAAAUGGAGAAGGAAAAGAUUCUUCAAAUAAAAAAUUUACUGCGAAAAAUAGAAAUUUGCUUCAUUUCGCUUGUUUUAUCAAUGAUAUACAGUUAUGCCAAUACUUGCUGAAAAUGGGUGUGGACGUAAAUGCAGAAGAUGAAUAUAGAAUAACUCCACUUUUAAUUGCAACUCAAAAUGGAAAAAGUGACAUUUGUAAACUAUUGAUUUCAAAUGGAGCCAAAGUUAAUGUUAAAGACUCUCAGAUGCUGACUCCUUUGCAUUUGGCUGCACAGUCAGGUAACUUUGAAUUAGUAAAAUUACUUGUGGAAAAUGGCGCUGACGUGAAAGCAAAAGGAGGUGAUGGAUUCCCAAUAAGGAAAGCAAAAUCUGAUGAGAUUAAAAAGUAUCUUAUGGCAAAGAUGCAAGGAAAAUAA